CAACAAAGGCGGGAUUAAAGCAUCAGCAAGCAUAGGGCUGAUACUCAGGCAGCUCCAAUCGCUUCGGCCAUUCAUGGCAUCGCCCUCCUCCAUGACGACGACGUCGUCUACCACUUCAAAACUCGUAUUCUCCGGCUGCUCAACCUCCUCCUCCUCCUCCUCCUCUCCUCGACUCCUCCCAUUGACCACCGCCACCACCUCCUCCAAAUGCAGAGCUUUUCACUUCCACCGCCGCUUCAACCCCCUCCGUCAUGUCCAUCUGCGUCCGUGCAAAAAUCCCACAACUGUCUUCGCUCAAACUAUCAGCCCUCCUUCGUUCAUUGCUGCUGCUAUGGCUACUGAACCUUCUGCUAAAGUUAUUGAUGGAAAAAGGGUUGCUAAAGAAAUCAGAGAGGAAGUAGCAGCAGGAGUAUCUAAGAUGAAGGAGGCACUAGGCGUCGUUCCAGGGCUGGCAGUGAUCCUAGUUGGGGACAGGAAGGAUUCAGCAACUUAUGUUCGCAACAAGAAGAAAGCUUGUGAGGACGCAGGAAUUAAAUCUUUUGAAGCGUGUUUGCCUAAAGACGCGACAGAAGAAGAAGUGCUUAAGCAUAUUUCAAGUUUUAAUAAUGACCCUGCGGUUCAUGGCAUCCUUGUUCAGCUACCUUUACCUUCUCACAUCAACGAGCAGAAUGUAUUAAAUGCUGUUUGCAUUGAAAAAGAUGUGGACGGAUUCCACCCACUAAACAUUGGACGUCUUGCCAUGCGAGAUAGGGAACCACUAUUUGUGCCUUGCACGCCUAAAGGAUGCAUAGAAUUGUUGCAUAGAUAUGGUGUUGUUAUCAAAGGGAAGAGAGCAGUUGUUAUUGGCCGGAGUAAUAUUGUUGGGAUGCCUGCUGCUCUAUUGCUACAAAGGGAAGAUGCAACUGUGAGUGUUGUCCAUUCUAGAACAAAGAAUCCUGAGGAGUUUACUAGAGAAGCUGAUAUUAUCAUCUCAGCUGUAGGACAAGCAAAUAUGGUGAAGGGUAGCUGGAUAAAGCCUGGUGCAGUUAUUAUUGAUGUUGGGAUAAAUCCAGUUGAGGAUUCUGAAAGCCCUCGGGGCUAUCGGCUAGUUGGUGAUGUUUGUUAUGAUGAGGCUAGGCAAAUUGCAUCUGCUAUCACUCCUGUUCCCGGCGGAGUUGGACCUAUGACGAUAGCAAUGCUGCUGUCAAAUACUCUGACGUCUGCAAAGAGAAUUCACAACUUCAAUUGAUAUUUUCACCAUGACCUCUUGUCCCAAUAGGCAGAGGCCCUCCUUCAAACAAGUGCAGGUCCUUUGUUGGGACUUCCUCCCAUCUUCUUUCCAUGUAGGGCACCAAAAAUAAAAUUUUGUCCGCCUUUUUGCCAAGCAAAAUCUAUGCAGCUAUUAUAGAGAUGACAUAUAGGGAGUCCUUUGGAGCAAGAAGCAUCCUAUUUGGCUCAGUAUUUUCAAAUGAUUAAGAGCAAUUGGUCGUGCUUACUAAUUGGUAAAUGAUGUGCAUAUAGACAGAACCGUGCAAGAUGGGUAAUUUAAGAAGGAAGCGAACAACAAACGAGCCAUGAGGACGCCAGCCUUUUAGAUGAAAAAUAGGAUAUCCUAUUUUCAAGUUAAGAUUGCAUUUUUGUGUUCAGUCUUUGCCCAUGAAGAGAAGCACUGGCUUCUGAUUUGGCAACAUUAUCAACAUCAGGAUUAGUUAUAUUUACAUGCACAUUGUAUUCUUUCUUUGAUUUUCUGGUUGCAUGCACUUAUUUUGAAUUCAUCCUGCUGUCUA